GUGUGACUGUGCACCCUGGGCUGCUGUUGUUAGUUUGCUUGGGAAAGGCAAAAACUGGGUGUUGUUGUGUGUCCCCAGUCCUGCAUCCGUGCCUUCAGUCAACAUCAUGGGGCGAUGCGGGGAGCUCUGGUUCCCAUGGGAGGUUUGGGCAUGGGGAGCUCUGGUAGGGCAGCACAGACUGCACAGAGCAGCAGAGCCCGUGUUGCUUUCCCAGCAAAGGGAAAUGUUCUUAUUUUGUUGAUAAAUGAGGUGUUUAAGGAGAAUCAGUCCCAAAAGCAGCACUGGGAAUUGUGCCCUUCUAUGUGGGAUGUGAUUAUCGGGCUCGAUGCAAGCUGGGGUCAAAUAGAACUGCUCUGGGUCCUGGGGAUGGAAUGGGCUGAGUUGAUGCCAACUGGUGAUGAUGUGCACCCAGACCUAGAGCACCAAACUCUGCAUUGCCAGGGGCUGAGCAGUCCCUCCAAGCCCACUGCACGGUGUCCACUUGCUGUGGCAGAAUGUGCCAUACCACAUCGUGCCAUAACACACUGUCCCAUGCCGUGCCAUGCCAUGCUAUGCCGUGCCACACCACCUCACAGCAGCUGCCUGCCCUGGUGCGUGGGCAGCACUGCUGACUUGAUGUCAGGCUCCUCCUGUGCUUUGGGGUCGGGGAGUGGAGGAGACACUGGAUUCCAACGGUGGGAGAGGACACAGCGGUGGAGCCACAGAGCUGCCGGAUGAGUCACACCCCAGCCUGCUCCUAUUUGUUGUGCCAAGCCUGGUAGCGUAAGAAAAAAAUAAUAACAAAUACCUGGGUGAUGAGAUGAGAAAUGGGGAGGGCGGUGUGGGAUGGGGACAGGCUGAGCCGGGCACAGAUCGCGGUGAGCAGUGGCUGGAGGAUGCUGCUCCUGAGGCUUUGCUGGGUCCUCAGACCCCACAGGUGGGGACGGUGUUUGGCAGAGGAUACUUCAGUGCGAGCGAAGGGCAGUGGCUGUCCCUGAGGGCACCCAGAGCAGCUAACAGGACCAGGAGACCAUGAACUGGUCGGUGUUUGAGGGGCUGCUCAGUGGGGUCAACAAAUACUCCACAGCCUUCGGCCGCAUUUGGCUCUCCCUCGUCUUCAUCUUCCGCCUUCUGGUCUACGUGGUGGCAGCCGAGCGCGUCUGGAGCGACGACCACAAAGACUUCGACUGCAACACGCGGCAGCCUGGCUGCACCAACGUCUGCUACGACCACUUCUUCCCCGUCUCCCACAUCCGCCUGUGGGCCCUGCAGCUCAUCCUGGUCACCUGUCCCUCGCUGCUGGUCAUCAUGCACGUGGCUUACCGCGAGGCCAAGGCGCAGCAGCACCGUGCCGAGCGGGGGGAAGGAUACCGCUCCCGCUUCCCCAACCCCGGCAAGAAGCGAGGCGGGCUGUGGUGGACGUACCUGUUCAGCCUCAUCAUCAAGGCUGGCGUGGACAUGGUUUUCCUUUACAUCUUCUACCGCUUCUAUAGGAACUACACCCUGCCCCGCUUGGUGAAGUGCCAGCUGCCCCCCUGCCCCAACAUCGUGGAUUGCUUCAUCUCCCGGCCCACUGAGAAGACUAUAUUCACCCUCUUCAUGGUGGUCACCACCUGCAUCUGCAUCGUGCUCAGCCUGGUGGAGGCUGCCUACCUGAUUGGGAAGCGGUGUCGGGAGCGCCUGCAGGCUGGCACUGGGGAGAGCCACCGGAGCAGCCAUGACUGUGCCGAGCCUGCAAGCACAGGGGGACAGGUGUUCCAUGGGGUGGGAUACAAAGCCCCCACAGCCUCCAUCCCCACUGCCUCCAUUCCUACAACCUCCAUCCCCACAGCUUCCAUCCCUACAACCUCCAUCCCCACCACACUGCCCGAGCAGGAGAAGACUCCUUCCUAGGGCUUCUGGAGCGCUGUGCCUGCCCAAGAUCCUGCUCCAGAUAGGACCGUCCCAAGUCCCCAUCAUGGGAGCACUGGGGUGGAUCAACCAUGGAGACGGGACUCCGCCUCUCCCCUCCUCAAGGCAAGGCAGUUCGCAUCGUUCUGGUGGAUUUAGGGUAAGAGCAGGUGCUGCAGGAUGAGCCAGCGGGUACCACAAGGUGAGGGGCAAGCAGCUCUGCGCCAUGCACUGAGCCUGUCUCAGCUCAGUGCCUCAGUGGGUCCUGAGUGUAUCUUUGCAGCGAAUAAAUAUUUCUGUCUCUAAGUGAUGUUCUC